GAAAAGGAGUGGCCUUUGAUGUCCAAUGGCAACCAGAGAGUCGAUAAAGGAAUUCCCUAGUGCUGAAAACGGAGAAAAGGAUGAAGAAGACGAGAAGUGGAUUGCUCACUAUUCAUCAAACCAUCAAAUACUUUUAGUUGGUGAAGGGGAUUUCUCUUUCUCUUUGAGUUUGGCCAAUGCUUUCGCCUCUGCCUCCAACAUUUGUGCUACUUCACUAGACUCCUAUGAUGUUUUGAAGAGAAAGUACAAGAAUGCAGCGUCGAAUUUGGAAAAUCUUGGGAAGCUAAGAGCAACCUUGCUAUAUGUAGUGAAUGUAAGCACAAUGAAGUUUCAUACCGAGUUAGCCAACCGAAAGUUCGAUCGAAUCAUCUUCAACUUUCCACAUGCCGGCUUUUAUGGAAAGGAAGAUAAUCUCGAUAUGAUUAAGAUGCAUAAGCAACUUGUGCAGCGUUUCUUUUGGAGUGCAAAACGCAUGCUACGAGUUAAUGGCGAAAUUCAUGUAAACCAUAAAACCAGCUAUCCAUAUUGCCUAUGGAAUCUUGAGGGAUUAGCUACUGCAAGCUUUCUGGCAUUGAUUCAGCGGUAGAUUUUGACAUAGAAGAUUAUCCAGGUUAUCAAAACAAGAGAGGGGAUGGUUCGGAUUGUGAUGUACCGUUUUAUCUCGGUGAGAGCAGUACCUUCAAAUUCGGCUUUUGCCCUCGAGCUAUGAAAGUGGCUAAAGCAACCACAAGGUCGGGGUUCUGUAAAAAAUCUAGGCAUUUUGAGACCAUUCCAAUGCCAAUACAGCUGCAGCCAACUUCUAGUUUCAACUAUCCUCAGAGGAACCAUAUUGUGAAUCACAUCCCACUGCAUGUUGGGUUGCCCCCUACCGUCCCUAACGGUAAUCAAUUCUCCGAGGUCUUCGAUAGAAACUUAAAGGAUUUGGUCCGAACAUAUGGGUGGGAUAGUUAUGGUGUGACAUAUCCUGAAAGAUUGUUGUCUGAUUUUGAUGCAAGAUAUUAUGGUCUAGGAAGAGUGAGGUAUGGUUUUGACAGACAAAUGCUAGAGUGCCAAGAACCUUGAAAGGUAACUUACAUUACACGAACUGCACGAGCACGAGCUUCACCAUAUCACCAACUCAAGGCCACAUCCGCUCAGGGCACUAGCAUGUCAAGCCUACCAGCCGAAUGCAACUGAUAGAGGGGGCAUUCUCCGUCUGUAGAUACUAGAAUCUUUUGGUUUUUCAUUUGUUUCGGUUACUGUGUGCACCGACAUGUAAAGUCGGAAAUGCUUAAGCUUCCUCUGAAACUAGUUAUCUUCUGUCCAUGGAACUUAGAGUGUAAUGCUUAACCAAUAGCAUCUUUGGUUUGCUUCA